AUGUUUGCCAACCGUAGUUAUUGCAUCAUAAAAUCAUUCAUCCGUCGUCAACAUUUUUAUAUUGAUAAUUUCGAUCUAUCCGCGACCGGAAUACCUCGACAUGAAUUUCAUCAGCGACGACAAUCACUUGUUAAUCUUAUUCGAAAUUAUAUAAAAACUGAGCAAAAACAAUCAUGUAAAGAUUUCACAAUUUGCCUUCCAUCAUCGUCACGCUUAUUUAUGGGUCCUGAUGUUGCCUAUUUUCCAUUUAAACAACAAUCAGAUUUUUAUUAUUUGACCGGCUGUAUGCAACCAGAUGCUGUUCUAUUGCUCAAUGGUAAUGAGGAAACAUUUUCUACAAAUCUGUUUUUAUCACGCAACACAACACAUUCAAUCGAGGAAUAUGAACGAUGGUUUGGGCCAACGAUAAGUGAUAGAGAAAAAAUUUGUGAAAUAUUUGGCAUCGAUGAAGUCUAUCCAAUUGAUCAAUUGCUCACAUUCAGAUUUCCACCAUCAUCUACUUUGUUUUAUAAUGCACAAUUUAUUAAUGAUAAAACUAUUAAUAAACAGAAUUUAGUACCUUUUUUAAAACGAUUUUCAUCAUCGAUUGUUUGCAGUCAAUUAACUAGUUUUCUUCAUACAUUACGAUCAAUAAAAUCUUUGACUGAACAAAAUCUUAUUCGUCAAGCAUGCGAAUUAGUAUCGAAAGCGUUUGUUAAUACAAUGAAAAAUUGUAAAAAAGAUACUCAAAAUGAAUAUUUCAUUAAAGCUCGAUUUCAAUAUGAAUGUGAAAUACUUGAUGAUGUUUCAAUGGCUUUCUAUCCUGUUGUUGCAGCAAGUGGAAGAUCGAAUGUUAUUCAUUAUCAAAAAAAUAAUCAAAACAUAAAUAAAGAUGAUCUAAUUAUGUUAGAUGGCGGUUGUCUAUUUAAACAAUAUGCUAGUGAUGUCACACGUCUAUGGCCUAUCAAUGGUCGAUUUUCGUCUGUGCAACGACAACUUUAUGAAAUAUUGUUAGCUGUACAAAAACAUUUAAUCAACUAUUUAAAUUUGGGUGACAAUUUAGUAACACGAGAAAAAUUAAAUUCAUUAGCUGAUCAUUAUAUGACAAAAUAUUUACGUGAAGAAUCUAUUUUUCCGCGAGCAAUCGAUGAUUAUCAUGCUAAAAAUUUAAUUCAUGUUCUAUGUCCAACCGGUGUUAGUCAUCAUCUCGGCCUUGAUGUUCACGAUUGUGAUUUAUAUUCGUCUUCUGAAAAACUUCAACCCGGAAAUAUUAUUACCAUAGAACCUGGUCUCUAUAUUCCUUUCAACUGUAAAGAUGUUCCACCAAUGUAUCGUGGCUUUGCAUCACGAAUAGAAGAUGAUGUUUUGUUAACAAAGCAAGGUUUUGAAGUAUUGUCCAGUAUGUGCCCAAAAGAAAUCGAUGAUUUACAUCGAAUUCUUGAUGAUAGGGACAAAUCCAAUAUGCACUGA